AUGGAUUCUUUAUCCAAAUUCAAACAGCGAUUCGGAUCUUCAGCGCCAGCCGAGAAUGCAGACACCAUAAAUGAAGCUCAAGGUGACGUGAUGUUGUCCGUUGCUGAGCCACAAAAGCCAUCCGAGAAACUAGAGGUGGCGGGUAUCGCGAGAUUUGAGGCUGCGCAGGCUGUAUGGGGUCGGACUGGUAAAUAUUUUCUCUAUCUCGGAUUGGCUAUGAUCAUGAUCAUUUUUGAACUCGACAAUGUAACCACAUCAUCUUAUAUCACGUACGCAUCCUCUUCCUUCAAUGAACUUUCCAAGGUCGGGACUGUAUCGACGGCAGCAAGCAUCGUCUUAGCUAUUGUGAAACCGCCUGUUGCGAAGAUCUCGGACGUGGUAGGGCGAGCCGAGGCUUACAUCUUUACUAUUACCUGCUAUGUGUUGGGUUAUAUCCUUUGCGCCUCUUCGAGUACAUUCAACACCUAUGCGGGAGGUUAUAUUUUCUAUGCCCUCGGACAGGGAGGCACAGCUAUGCUGGAUUCGGUCAUGGUGUCCGAUUUGUCUAGUAUGCGUUGGAGAGGAUUCUCCUACAACAUCAUCUACCUUCCAUUCUUGAUUGCACCAUGGGUAGGGGCUCAGAUUGUCGAUAGUGUCGUGGACGGCAUUGGGUGGCGCUGGGGUAUUGGCAUGUUUGCCAUUCUUAUGCCCUUCACGGCCAGUUUUAUAAUCAUCACGCUUCUGGUGUUCCAACAUCGUGCCAGGAAGGCCGGUAUUGUAUAUGCAGAGAAGAUAAGUCUAUUCCAGUUCUUCUCUCGUAUCGAUAUCGGCGGUGUUUUCCUUCUCGGCGGUGGCUUUGCUAUGUUGUUGUUGCCCAUAACUCUCGCUGCCACGACCACCAGCAAGUGGCACACAGCCUGGAUAGACGUGCUUAUCGCCCUAGGAUGCGUCGCACUCAUCGCUUUGUAUCCCUACGAGAGAUACAUUGCCAAGUACCCCGUUGUCCCUGUCCGAUACUUCACUAAUAUGUCUAUUGUGUGCUUUACUGGCAUGUUGGUCGGCCUCGUCAUGUAUAAGACCCGUUCGUACAAGUGGAUUCUUGUCGGAGGAGCAGCCAUCCGUAUGAUCGGUUAUGGAGUCAUGAUUCGUCUACGAACAAAUGACAGCUCCACGGCUGAGCUAUUUGUCGUUCAGCUUAUACAAGGUCUAGGCAGUGGUAUUAUUGAGACUGUUAUGAUCGUCGCGGCGCAGAUCGUCGUACCCCAUGCUGAAUUGGCCCAAGUCACCGCACUGAUCAGUUUAGGUGCUUUCCUCGGUGAUGGAAUAGGCUCAGCAAUUGCAGGUGGAAUUUAUACGGACACUCUCCGUGAACGUUUAGCAUUCCGACUUGAUACGACAAACCAAACAGAGAUUGACACUCUAUUUAACUCUAUCACGGGUGUUUUACCUGCUUGGGGCACUCCACAGAGACUUGCAGUUAAUGAAGCUUACUCAGAUGUUAUGGGAUAUAUAACCAUUGCUGCUUUAGCACUCUCUGCACCCGUUCUCAUUAUAACUUUCUUCAUGCCAAACAACAAACUCGGAGAUGGACGAAACUUGCUUGAAGGAACCGAGGUGUCAGAACGCGAAACUACACCGGAGGAGUCUCAAUCUCAAGAACCCAAAGUGGAUCCUGAAAAUUAA